CGGUAAUUACUCCGAGGCGGUGUGUUCACAUUUCAGAAUGGUGCACACCUGCUGACCUGAACCAUGCGUUGGGAGCUUAUACUAGCUAUUUAUAGGGUUGAGGACGUUUGUGGACAGAGUUUGUUGCUCUUGCUUGGUGCACAUACUUGCACGUUGUGUUCACAUUGCACGUUUAAGUGUAUAUAUAGUGGUGUUUUGUAUCCUGUGUUUUGGUUCCUGUCCCUUCACUGAAAAUGGAAGACGUUUCUCAUCCUUCACAGUCGGAUGCUGAGCAGCCACACCCCCAAGUUAAUCACAGUAGACCAUUUUUCUAUGUCCAACCACCAUCUCAGCCUUAUUUCAUGUAUCAAUGGCCUAUGGAUCCAUUUGGACAAUAUGGCUUUCCAGGGCCAGCGUUCCCGUUUGGGCGUCCUUACAUGCCUCCGUAUCAAUUUAUGCAGUACCCUGGUUAUGUGGUCCCACAUGCUCCCAUGCAGCCGACUGACUACAGAAGGAUGGCCCCCCUCUUUCCUUCUGUCGCUUCCUACGACCUUCGUUUCCGUCAGCACUUUCAGCAAAUGAGCAUGCAACGUGAAACCACGUCAUCUGAAGCCCAGACGGAGCCCGGUGCUCCGGUUAGUAAACUGAUAGACUGUCUGGAAGGUCUCCAAGCAUGUGAAAAGUCUGGAGCAGUCAAGGAACCCAAUGUGAUGUUUUCCUCAACCCCUACUGUAACCUCAUUCACUCAUGACGUGGAGAAGGUGAACUGUGGAGAUAAGGAUUUAAAUAUGGGGCCUGCUUCUCAGCCUGAUGAGGCAGACCAGGAUGAUUCUGGGAAACCAGUGAUGCAUUGUGACUCUGCUGUGUGUGACGUUGAGUCGAGCCAGGGCCGACUAGAGGAGUGUGUGUUAUCGGAUGUGCUACCUCUCGAUAGUUCCUCCGUUUGUGAAGAAAGCCAGAGUCGGGAGCAAAAUUACAAACGAGGUGGUUUGGAGAGGCCAUGCUUUCAGAGUGAGAAAUCUGGUGCCAAUCAUGUCAGUAGUGGAAGCCAUUCAGCUGAGGUCCAGGACUCUGGAGCUCAUGUUUCUGAUUACAAUGGGACCUCUGAUCUGUGUGAGGGUAUGAUCUCCAUCCAAAGAGAGAAGGUUGAGAAUUUGCUUCUUGAAUCUGUAGAGGUUACCGAGCCUCUGUUGCAGAUGACCGCAGACUGUGAUCUGCCUUAUCAAAUUCUCCGCCUUCCUUGCAAUAAGACCACCACUGGUCUGUUGCUUCAGAAAGAGGUCGACCCGUUGCUAUACAUGGAUACCGCAUCUGCUCUUUUGCCUUCUAAAAGAUACACUUUUGGCAGCCCAUACACCCAAAACUACUACCCAGCGGGGGUUCCUGACCGGCAGAGUGUCCUCAGUCCUUCACUAGACGAGCUGUCAUCCAGGGAUGAGAUGUUCUCUACUGAUCUCGAAGAUGAUCUAACGUCUGGGCAAGUCUACGUAGAUGGUGGCAAACUGGUAGAAACCUGUGCUGUUCCCACCCACUCUGAAACCGAUGCUGCAGAUAAAGCAUGGUCUGUCUGGGCCAAAACCUGUGCCUGCUGUGGAGCAAGCCUUCCAGAUGAAGACAUCAGUCCUGCAGAGCUGUUGGCUCAAGAUUGUGAUUGUGAGUUGGAGGAAGAUACUGAGGCACCCAGUAAUGGUGACGCUCAGGAAGUAGUGUUAAGGCAGCAUCUAUCCAGGCAUAGACAGUCACCUUGUGCUCAAGUCUCCAAACACAAAACCCGAAAGGUGCUGGAGAUUGCUGAGACAAGUGGGCAAGACCAAGACAGUGGCAGAGGAGAGUGUGGUGAGCAGCUACAUUCUGCUGCUAAAGGAGACAAGGGCCGAGGCAAAAGUCAAAAGGGUACCCAAUUCAGAUCUUACUCUGAACACUUUCAGAGAGACAGUCCAGGAGAGGUAAUGGACCAGGAAAACUGGUCCGUCUGCAGUGGCAAGCAGAGAUCACGAUCCUGCAGGCCAGCCAAUGGCCUUCAAGAAAAAGGCCGUGAAGGGAGACCUGCAAGACGAAGGCCUUCUUGCAAGACAUUUGCUCAGCAAAGGCCUAGGAGAAAUGAAUACGAUGACCACAAUGAGGCAGAGGUUUCCUACUGCCAAAGGGGCAGGGGAUCUACGAAAAGGAGAGGCACGAGAUACUAAGCAACGAUGAGCACUGCUUUAAUACUUAAAUGUAUUACCUAAUAUAAACACUAUUGCACUAUGGAAUGCACAAAAGCAUACUAUAAAAUACACGAGCACUGGUAUUUAUGUGAAUAAUAAGGGGUAAUACUGAAAUGAACGCCUUGCUGCAGAUGACUGCAUUUCCAAUGCUCACACAACUUCACUUUGAGUGCUGUGCAUUCAUCUUAAUCCUGACUGAGGAUGAUGUUUCUCUGGACCAUGCCUUGACAUGCUUAACUCAUUCUUGUGUACUUUUGUGACUGGAUCUGGAAGGUGUAGACCCAGCCGGUUCACUGCCCAGUUCUGCUUGUCAAGGUCUGAUUCAUCGAACCCAGUCUCAGACUUUUUUCGAAGGCUGGGCAUUAGAAAUGCAGGUAUAAAAUGAAAAUUGGCAGAUACCUCGGCAGUCUGGCCGAGCCUAGUCCAGACAUGUCGUUUUAUUAUCGUGCAACCUGUUUUAAACCUGUAAUGCAGUGUGAUGUUGAUGUACAGAUGUGUUUGCUUGCACAGUGGUGUCAUUAAAAUCUUUGCAUUGCA